AUGAAGACCACGCUCUUGUCCACAGAGUUUAAUUAUGAUGGAAAUUACGUAGAAUACUUUGGCUUGGAUCCUGGAAAAUCCAAGGGCGUACUCGGAAAUUUAACGAAACCGAUGACAAACAUUUUCAUGGACAUUCGAGUCGUCAACGAGGUGAUGCAGCGGGUCGUCUAUAAGAUAGAUAACUUCGACGGAUGUGCAUUUCUAAACAAUCGCGUGAUCUCUCGGAUAUUCUCCCGCUGGUACGAUGCUAUCGUGGGCAACACCACGCACAUCAAGUGUCCCGUUCGGCCGGGAAUCUACUACCUCGAAAACGGGGCUACUACGGGUUUGGUGUCGCAGUAUCUUCCGGCUGGGACCUUUCACGUGUCUGUGCGAAUGAAACCGGUCUACGGCGGACCCUUUGCAAUUGAAAUCAUCUGGCGAUAUAUGAGGAAAUAA